GUUCUUGUUCGUAGUUACUGUUGUUUGAGAUGAAGUGCACACGUGUCUAGUCUGCAGGUACAGGUGUGUACCAUCGAGACAGUCAACAGAACAGAAAUGAAGCACAGCUAUUAAGGGCUUGACUGGUCCUUGGAAUGGAUGUAGCAUAUAUUACCUUCAGACGAAUUCUGUAUCAUGAUUGCUUCAGUUGCAACUACUACUGUUUUGUUGUUAUACUUAUGCUGUGGCUUUGCCAAGGAAAUAUGGCAGCAAAGUAUUAAGGAUUUUCUCCACUCUUCCGUCGAUUUUAGUGACCCUAUGUUUUAUCGUAAUAGCAACUCUUGCUCAAUCGCGGGUGUGGAAGGAGCUCUUCAGGUUUCUGAUCAGUCUUGCACUCACAUUCCCUCUCAGGACCUUAGAAACACAGAAGUAGCCACUCUAAUCAUCCAGGACACCUCAAUCAUCUCUAUCGCCAGUGACACCUUUGAAAAUAACACUAUUUUGACGACCUUGGAAAUAAUUCAAAAUAGGAUAACAGAUAUUCACCCUUUCGCUUUCCGUGGCUUAAACAACCUUCGCUUUCUUAAUUUAGCGGCGAACGCCAUCUCACGGCUAAAUCGAGAUGUUUUUACUGGACUACAAAAUCUUGAAGAAAUUAUUCUUUUAAGAAACGAAAUCAAAGAACUGAGCGACGUUAUUCCAGCUAUGGCACCAUCCAUUCUCCCAUCUCUAUUACACAUCGAUUUGGGUGCUAAUCCGUUGCAGACCGUGAAAGCUGACGAUUUUGACCUGCUUAAAGAGGGCAAACUGGAAUAUCUGCGAUUACAUCACUGUUCUUUAAUUAGUAUUGACCCACAGGCAUUCACCCCACUUAAAAAGCUUUUGGGUAUACAACUUGCGGACAACAAAUUGACCAUAAAAAACUUAAAAGAAAUAUUUAUAAAUCUGCAAACCAUGAAUUUAAUAAGAAUAGACUUGGCCCAACUAGGGUUUCGGAAAUUUCCCACGGAUUUAUUUUCAAUUUUAGCAAAGACUUCCAUCCAAGAAAUAUUUUUUGGGAAGUUUGAAAUCAAUAUUAUUAAAAAAGGAAGCUUUCCUGUAAUGCCUAACCUUAUAACUUUACACAUGCCUUCGUCUCGCCUUAAAGGAAUUGAAAAUGACGCUUUUGCUCCUUUGUACAGUUUAAAAAAUCUUUAUUUGAAAGGUGCUCUAAUAACUAGUAUUCCCAAAGCUCUUUUACUUCCACAGCUGGAAGUUCUAGACGUUACUGGGUUUGUUAAUAAUCCUCUUCGUUUACACAUUCCUGAUUGGGCAUUUGUUAACAUGGGUAACCUGAGAGAACUUACUUUGAAUUAUAGAAGUUUAGUAAGUCUUCAGAACGAAACUUUUUUUGGACUUUCUAGAUUAGAAAGAUUAAGCUUAAAAAAAUGUAGAAUAAGUUACCUUAAUCAUCCCUUUUCAAAUCUACGAUCUCUUACUUUCCUAGACCUGAGCGAAAACUCCUUGUUUCAAGUUGAAACAAAAGCUAUCGGUUUAUUUUCCGGCUUAACUAAUUUAGUACAUUUAGACAUUAGUAGGGUUUAUUUAACAGAAUCAGAAAAUGGAGAACUUUUUCACGACUUGACGAAAUUAGAAUUCAUAGAUUUAACUGGAAACUCAUUUAAAAGCCUUUCGGCAUCUUUGUUUUCUAAUUUACGAAACUUAAAAGUUGUAAAAUUAUCACAAAAUCAUAUUAAGUCCUGGGAGAGUAGAAUUUUCUUAAGAAACUCCAAUCUCUCUAAGAUAGAUUUAUCACAAAAUGCCAUCCAACAUAUUUCCAAAGCAAUGCUAGAGGACUUCAAAAUUUUGAAAGAACUGAGUAUACAGAAAAAUCCCUUUUCCUGUACUUGUGAAUUAAUGGAUUUUUUAUUUUGGUUAAAUCAUACGAAUGUGUCUGUGGCGCAUAUGAAAACUGUUAAAUCUCGAUUCUUUUACGUUUGUUCCGAACCUUCUCGUAUGCAAAACUUCCCAUUGCAGAAUGUGUCAUUAGAAUUACAACAUGAAUGCCUAAAUUACAUAAAUACCCAAAAGCAUAAUGCUCUGCUUUUGAUCACAAUUGCCGUUAUUUUAAAUGUUGUUUUUGUCAUUGUUAUUGGAGCCUACUUAUACCACCAGAGGGUUCUUAAAAGAAGAGCUCAUGAAUUGAGUGAUGACGAUAAACAAUUUCAAUACGACGCUUUUGUGUCAUACAGUGCAUGCGACUCUGACUGGGUGUUUAAUUGCUUAGUGCCGAAAUUAGAGAACGAGACAGCUAACCUAAAACUCUGUGUGUACGACCGCGAUUUCUUAGCUGGACGAAAUAUUAGUGACUGUAUUUUAGACAGCAUCAAAAACAGCAGGAAAGUCAUUCUCGUUCUUUCACCCAACUUCAUUCAAAGUCGUUGGUGUCGAUUUGAAACCGAACUGGCGCAGCACAUGUUGGUUGAUGAAAGCAGGGAGGGUUUGGUGCUUAUUAAGCUGCAAGACUUGAAUCUCAAUGCUUUGACUCCGCAGCUCAACUAUCUUCUGAAGACUAGAAUUUAUCUCGUUUGGACCAAUGAUCAGCAACAACAGGGGAUUUUCUGGAAGAAACUUCAUAGAGCUAUAACUGAACAAAGAGAUAAAAGGAAGGCUAUAACCUCGAAAAAGAAAAAAAUGGCAACCAUUAUUUGAGAAUAUUUAGCUCAAAGUUACAAGUUUUUGCCAAAAUACAGUCAAAUGAAGAAUCUUGUAAUUAUCAUUUUUUUCUUGCAUCUCAAACUGAUCCCGCGGGCGGGAGAGAUUCAUUGUUAUUUGAAAUGUUCAUCACUUAAAUAUAAAAAAAUAUGUUUUGUAAUUCAUCGUUUUAGUUGUUUAAAACUAAUUGUUCAUUUAAUCUAAUUAUAGUUUUACUAAGGAUGAUAGGAGUAAUGGUUAGUUAUAAUAACUACCGUGCGAUUUGCAGUCACAACAGUUGUUGAAUAUUACAGCAAGUUUAAGUUAUUUGUUUUGCCAUUCUGUUAAGAUUACUUUGAACCUACUAUUUAUGAUAAUUGUGUAAUUCCUACAACAUAUUGAAAUAAUAAAAGUAAUUACGUAUGCGCAUUAAUGAAAUACUGACAAUAAAUUUCUUUA